CUUGCUCUCGCCGAGGUUUUGCCGCCCGGCUGGACCCCUGCCCCGCAACACCUUUUUUUAUUUUCAAGAAGCCCAAACUUUCCACCGCUCCCCCCUCAAUACACAAAUUAUUCCUGCGUCUUUCGCGGAUUCGCGACUGACUGCACUCGCCACAGGUUGCUUUUGAUUUUCCUGGCAAAGCAACUCCCAUAAUGGACGAGCAGGAGUUUGUGUCGCUGCUCGACAGUCUGCUCCAGCCUGACACCGAGCGUGUCAAGGCCGCGACUGCCACCCUCAACAAGAACUACUAUACAUCUCCGGCCUCGUUGAAUGCUUUGGUUCACAUUUUGUGCAGCCACCCCAAGUGGGAACUCCGUCAGCUGGCUGCAGUCGAGGCCCGAAAAUUGGUCUCAAAGCACUGGGAACAUUUGCCCGCCGAUCAGAAGAACAAUGUGAGGAAUCAGAUUGUUCAGUCCACCCUCAACGAGGACAACAAACUCGCGCGUCAUGCUGCCGCCCGCGUCAUCACCGCCAUUGCAACCGAAGACUUCGAGGAUGGUCAGUGGCCCGAGCUGCCUGGCUAUCUCCACCAGGCCUGCACAAGCUCCGACGUGAGACACCGCGAGGUUGGCACAUACAUCGUCUGGACAACGCUGGAAGUGGUCGGUGAUGCCUUUCCCGGAAAGGUCAGCGACAUGUACAAGCUCUUUGGUGUAACCAUCCAGGACAACGAGAGCGCCGAGGUGCGAUCCAACACCAUGCUUGCCCUGAGCCGUCUUGCCAUGCUGCUCGACCCUGAAGAGGAUCCCAAGUCUCUAGCACAGUUCCAAGACGCAAUCCCGGCGAUGGUCGGCGUCUUGAAGCGCACCGUCGACGAGGGGGACGAGGAGCACGCUAUGCAGGCUUUCGAAGUGUUCCAGACACUCCUCGGAUGCGAAUCCGCGCUGCUCCAGAAGCAUUUCCGCGACCUGGUUCAGUUCAUGAUCGAGCUCGCGGCCACAACCACCGUUGAGGACGACUACAGGUGCCAGGCUCUGGCGUUCCUGAUGCAGUGCGUGCGAUACCGAAAGCUUAAGGUGCAAGGCCUCAAACUAGGAGAGGAGAUGACCCUCAAGGCUCUGCAGAUUGUCACUGAGCUGGGCGAUCUCUCCAGCGACGACGAGGAUGUCACUCCAGCGCGAUCUGCGCUAGGUCUACUUGACAUCCUUGCAACUGAACUUCCUCCGAGCCAGGUUGUUAUUCCCCUGAUGAAGGCUCUUGGCCAAUAUUUCUCUUCUCAGGACCCCGACUACCGUCAAGCUGGCAUCCUUGCUCUUGGGAUGUGUGUCGAGGGCGCGCCCGACUUCAUCGCCACCCAGCUGCACGAGAUCCUGCCACUGGUGCUCCAUCUCCUGGAGGAUCCGGAGCUCAAGGUCAGAGCAGCCGCGCUCAACGGUGUUGCCCGCCUUGCAGAUGAUCUCGCCGAGGAUGUUGGUCGCGAACAUGCCAGACUUAUCCCUGCAAUGAUUAAGAACUUCGAUUUGGCUUUAAACAAUCUGCAAUCAGCACAUGACGAGCGCAACCUGCAGAUCAUUCGUGGCACCUGUCAUGCCAUCGAUUCGUUGAUUGAAGGCCUUGAUCCUGAAGAUGCUGGCAAAUAUGUUCCUGAACUCAUGCCUCGCUUCAGUAAGCUUUUCAACCACGACGAUUUCAAGUGCAAGGGCGCUUCUAUCGGUGCCGUCGGCUCGCUUGCCUCCGCAGCCGAGAAGGCCUUCCUUCCUUAUUUUGAGCAGACCAUGAACGCCCUCUCACAGUACGUUCGUAUCAAGGACAGCCAGGACGACUUGGAUCUUCGUGGCGUGGUGUGCGACUCUAUGGGCAAGUUCGCGACUGCCGUGGGUCCCGAACCAUUCCAACCUUAUGUGCUUCCCUUGAUGGAGGCUUCAGAAGAAGCUCUUCACUUGGAUCACCCACGUCUACGCGAGACAAGCUAUAUCUUGUGGAGCACGAUGGCUAAGGUGUAUGAGGAACAAUUCGCUAAAUACCUGCCUGGCGCUGUAAAGGGUCUGCAGGAAUGCCUUGAUCAGGAGGAGACGAAUGAGGUUGAGCUCGGUGCUGAGGCCAGCGACUUAGUCGGCUCUGAGGUUGUCAUUGAUGGCCGCAAGAUCAAGGUUGCUGCGGCAACCGAUGACGACGAUAGCGACCUCAACGAGGCGGCCAUGGAUGAUGACGACUGGGAUGAUGUUGGCGUUACCGCCGUGGCUAUGGAGAAGGAGAUUGCCGCCGAGGUGUACGGAGACAUCAUCACGCACACUCGUCGCGAAUACCUCCCGUACCUGGAGAGUACUGUAGCCAAGCUUUUGGAACUGGUCGACCACUCGUAUGAGGGUCUCCGCAAGGCUGUUAUCGGUACUUUGUGGCGCACCUACGCCUGCGUCUGGGGUAUGGCCGAGGGUGACGGCAUGGCGAAAUGGAAGCCUGGCCUUCCCCUCCAGGUUGAGCCCUCUGAAGAUCUCAAGAAGCUGGGUAACCUUGUCAUGACUGCAACCAUGGCGGUCUGGCAGGACGAGAUGGAUCGUGGUACGGUGACGGACAUCAACCGUGAUGUCGCUGCGACCCUCAAGCUUUGCGGUCCCGCUGCGUUGAUGACGGAGAAGGGUCCUGUUGUUGCCGAGAUUGCGCAGCAACUAGUCUCCAUUAUCACAAAGCGUCAUCCUUGCCAGCAGGAUUUGGGUGAAGACGCCGAGGAGGAGGUUCUUGAGGAAUCCUCGGAGUAUGAUUGGCUUGUUGUUGAGACGGCUAUGGAGGUCGUCACUUGCCUUGCGGUCGCACUUGGCCCUAGCUUCUCUGAGCUCUGGAAGAUCUUCGAGAAGCCCAUCAUCAAGUAUGCCAGCAGCCAGGAGUCUGCUGAACGUACAGCUGCCGUCGGAACUAUCGCCGAAUGCGUCGGCAACAUGGCCGAGGGCUGCACACCGUAUACCUCUAGUUUGUUGAAGCUGCUCCUCCACCGUCUCUCAGACGAAGACUAUGAGACGAAGUCGAACGCCGUCUACGGAAUCGGCCUCCUUUGCGAGAAGACAACGGAUGAUGCGGAGAUUUUGAAGAAUCUGCCCGCCAUCUUCUCCAAGCUGGAGCCAUUGCUGGACGCACAGGAUCAGGCUCGCCUGCUGGAUAACACAGCUGGGUGCGUGAGCAGAUUGAUCUCCAAGUACCCGGACAAGAUCCCCAUCAGUGAGGUGCUGCCUCGUUUGGUAGACCUGUUGCCGUUGAAGGAGGACUACGAGGAGAACAAGCCCAUUUUCAGCAUGCUUGUCAAGCUCUAUCAAGCCCAAGAGCCUACGGUGCAGCAGUUGACGCCCCGGUUGAUGCCUGUCUUCGAAAAGGUCCUUAGCCCUCCCGAGGAUCAGUUGGAGGAUGAGACGCGGGCUCAGCUCCUCGAGCUUGUCAAAUAUCUGCAAAAGUAAAAGGCGAAUGGAGGGCCGAUGGCCUGUUUUUGGGAUACCCGGUAACUGA